UUCAAACUCACCACCUGCAAGCUUCCCAAAGGAUAGAAAUCAUUGGCCAAAGCUACCCAGAUGUUCAAGCUCAAAGUCCUACUUCACCCCAAAUUUCCCUGUGUAAAACGGAAACCUGCAUUACUCCUGAUUUUUACAGAAACACACACUCAGCCACAAUGGCAUCUGAACAGAACCCAACACCCAAGCAGCACCCCACAUCAACUGUUGCCCACAAGAUUGUCCUGUUUGAGCAAGAGAAUUUCCAGGGCCGUUUUCAUGAGUUGAAUGGUCCCUGUCCCAAUUUGAAAGAGGCUGGAUUGGAAAAAGUUGGCUCCCUUGUUGUACACAGUGGACCAUGGAUUGGCUUUGAACAGGCAGGCUGCAAGGGUGAACAGUUUGUAUUUGAGAAAGGAGAAUAUCCUCGCUGGGAUACAUGGACAAACAGCCGCCGAAGUGACAGUAUUGGUUCCUUCAAACCCGUGAAAUUGGAUGGGCACGAACAUAAGAUCAUUCUUUAUGAAAACCCCAACUUCACUGGAAAGAAAAUUGAAAUCAUAGAUGAUGAUGUACCAAGCUUCCAUGCUCAUGGAUACCAGGAGAAAGUGUCAUCCAUUCGUGUUCUAAAUGGAACAUGGGUUGGUUACCAGUACCCAGGCUACAGAGGCUACCAGUAUCUGCUUGAGAAGAAGGAAUACAAGGACAACAGUGAAUUUGGAGCUCAGCAGCCUCAGAUCCAGUCUGUCAGACGUAUUAGGGAUAUGCAGUGGCAUCAGAGGGGUGUCUUUCAUCCCACCAAUUGAAAAGCACCUCUGCUCCCGUCAUCAUUUUCUCACUGAUUUGCUGCUAAAUUCCUAACCACGGGUUAAACGAAUGCUUUCCCAAAGUAUUCUGUACAAAUAUGAUAGCUGAGCCAAUUCAA